UAUCGCCUAUGUUAGUCGGUGAAGGUAUAGCUAUAAAUAGGUAAAAGAAUUUUCAAAAUCGUUUACUAGAACCAGAUAUUACUAUAUUUUCAUAAGUACAUCAAUCAUAGAUACCAUAGAUAAUAACUUUAAAUAGUUAAAAAAACUAAAAACACGUUUUUAGCACGCACCAAAAAUUACAAAUAUUGGAUUUACGUCACUUGACUAUUUUUAUCAUAUUCCUGACAGCAAAUCCUUUCAUUUGAUAUCCAUAACAUGGGGGUGGAAUUCAAACAGUCCGCCAUCAUAGGGAGGCCGCCAUAUUGGAUUUGUAAUGACGUUUCUUAGUUAGUCAUGUAUUGUCAUCAGAAGACAGAGCGUGUGCAAAAUUUCACCCAAAUCAAAAACCGGGAAGUGGGUAAAAUUGAGAUGCCAAGAUUUUCUUACAUGUUACAAGUGAAGCUAAUCUAUAGCGUGUAAUAAAAUUCAAUAAUACUUAAUUAUGCAGAAUGGAUCAAUAAUAAUCUGUGAAUCUCUUAUUUAUGUAUCAUCUAUGGUGUAAUCCGUGACAUUAAAGGAAAAAUCAUCUGAAAAUACGUGAAAAAUUCAUUUGACUAAUAACAAAUUAAUAUACUUGACAAAAUGAAAAAGUUUCUACUAUGGAUGUUAUUUAAAUUAACAUAUACGCUCGAAGUGGAUAAGCCGGACUUGAUACAAAACCGAAAUUCCCAGUUGGGUGUUCGAGCUGUGGUUAUCCAAUGCGAUGUACCGGAAGAAGAAUUUCCAUCAGACAGCGAUUCACUACGUUUUCAAAGAGAGGAGCUAUUCAAACACAACGCUUUGCAAGACUGCAAGCAGAAAUUGGCAAUCACUAUCAAAAUGUCGAGUGACCCAACCGUUAGUACCAAAAAACAAACUGCCGAUAAUGGCAAUAAAUUCUCAUCUACUUCCUUCAUCGUAAAUCAACAGCAAGCCUCCGGAGAUGAAUAUAUUCCAAUAGAACAUGUUCUGGGAGUGAACAACAAGCGCAUCCGUCUACUGAAUCCUUACGUCUUACGGCUCCGGCGGAAAACACCAUAUCAAGCGUACAAGUUAAAAAAAAUCGACGUAUGUUCUAAAGUUUUACAAGUUAUGAGUAGAUUUGACGUGAGAUGUCGAAAGAUGUUUAUUAUUGUUGUAUGUUUUCAAAAUAGACGGUAUUACAUUUAUAAAAACUAUUGCGUUAUCAAUUUUGUGUUUACCUACAGGAAAGAAAAUACCAAAACUGUUCAUAACAAUGUAUGUACAGAAACGAAUGUUUCCUUAAGUAAAAUCCUUCGCGACAAGAGGCAUGAUAUAAAAGAUAAAGAUUAUGAAUACAAUUUCGAACGAUGGACCCCUACAGAUUUGAAACCGCAGACACUACAUAAGCAUUUACAUAAUAAUAAUAAGCACCCAUACACUAAAGUAAAUGAACAGUCUGAGAAUAUACUAUACGAAGACAGAGAACCUAUAUUUGAUGCGGCAGAUAGUGAUUCUGAUACUGAUAGGGAUAUUGUGAAAAAACUACCAAAUGAAAACACAGAACAAAGAAUUUCAAAGAGUUAUAAUAACAAAGACGUAUCUGACUUUGAAAUACCAGGAAUCGCUGAGACUAAAUCCAGCGAUAUGACGAAUAAAGUUUAUAAAAAAAAUCUUGAACACCACCUUAAAGAACGGUACGGUGAUAAUAAUGACAAACGAGAUUUUGUUAUUUACGAAAUUGGUGAUCCCACUUUAUGGUAUAGCGCUCAAGUGCAGCUUUAUGAAAAAUUAAGUACUCCUGAGGGGAAAAUUGUGUGGAAUGAUCUUACAAAAGAUGAAAAAGCAAGAGUUACAUCUGCCAAUGCAAAAUGGUCGAAUGAAGACAUUCAUAUUCAAUACAAACCAACUGAAUUUCUAGCCAGGGAGGAUUUUGCUCUACCCGUCACAGAUUUAUGUUUGGUAGUGUCUACUAAAUGUGAUCAUGAAAAUGAUUCUAAAGAUAAAAUUAGUGAAUUUAUGAUUAUACCAGUAGAUGAUGUCAUAGAACUAGACGAUCUAAAGGAAAUCAACAAACGGGAUAGCAAUAAAUCUGAUUCCAAUACAGUAUCCAAAGGCAGUCGCCGUCAAGUUAUAGUUCGAACUACAAGAGCGUUGAUGGGCGGCACUACUGACAACCUGAAAAUAGUAUCCAGAGGAGCGGACAAGUAUCUAAAGUUACCGCACUCCAAGCCUCACUAUACGCAAAUGGACUUAGAAGCAAAGGCGGAUGAUAAUGAACGUAUACUUGUAGGAGCCUUUGGCCGAUUGACGACUAUUGUGUCAGACAGCACUCGGAGAAUCCGCUCAAUAUUGACUGUACAAGCCACAAAUACCGGGUUGGCUGCGGCGCGUAUGAGGGUGAUGGCUCGUGAGUGCAGUCCCGACUUAUUAGACAGCAGCCCUGAUAGAGAUGAAACGAUGGCUGGACCGGUAAUAGUGCCGCCAAAACAUACCAAGACAUUCGUACUCAAAGUACCCUUACAGAUACCUGUCGAAAACGCCAGUUGUACUAUAUAUUAUACAUUUACAGUUGCUUUAGUCAACGACAAUGGCGAAUCUGUAGCAGUUCGAGAUGUGAGAAUCAAACGAGAUGACUGGUGCUACUGUGUUUGGCACUGUGAUUGUGUGUGCUUGGGUGAAGAUCCUAAACUUCUUUGUCGGGAAAUGACAGCGGCGCAGCGGUCGGCCGCCGGACUGCCCGUUCAGCAAAAAUCUCGCCACGCGCGCUCCGUGUGCUACCCGGACGUUGUUUCACUCAACCUGCUUGUCAUCUGCGUAGGCGUCUUCAUUGUCCUAUUGUGUCUUGGUCUCACGAAAGCUUUGAUGGGAUUGUGUUGCCGGUACGUGGCUUCAUGGGGUCUGUACCGGUUUUUGGACACACCGCGGAAGUUGGACCACUAUUACGAACGAUCGCUUCGCAACCGAUGCGUGGUCUACGAUGAUGAAGGUUGGCCCGUGCACCCGGACACGGGGGAACGGACCGUGGCCCUUGUUAGCGAACCAAUGGAAUUUAUAUUGAAUGUUAUAUUCUUUAUAACUUUACCAUGUGUAAUGAUUUGGGACGCCAUGAGGUCAUGCGCACGCUGUCAGGAGGAGGAUGAAAACUCAGCCAACUAUAAUAACUAUAAAAUGACGGAGGACUAUAAUAAAUGUUUUAGUUCACACGACGUCCAGAUCACGGAGCGGCGAAAGCGCCGCCGCAACCGUUGGCUGCAGAGGUGGAUGACGCCACAGGCUGAGGAGCUUACAUCUGAUCUUUGGCAUGAAGGUUUAAGUCCUCUGGGGAAAAAGACGCCCGUUUGUAUGCAACCACUACUGCAACAAGAAAGUGGGUUUAGAAGAACAUGCGAACAAUCUUCUUUCAUGGAUUCAGAACAAGAUGACACCGAAUAUGUUCUCAUGCAAAUGCAGAAAAGUAGGGAAUCACUUGUAAAAAGUCAACGACAGCUAGAAAUGAAGACGAGUGCUAUGCAGCAAAUGAAAGGCAGCAGCAAUGCGGGCAUGAACCGAUGAUGAAUAAAAUCUAUCUACUGUACUAUAGUACUAAUGAUAAUUUGUUUUGUAGUAGUUUUACUUGUACUCAUGUUUAAAUAGAUAUCUAAUAAUUUAUAGAUGUUAAUAAAAUAUGUAUAUUAAUUUAUACCGUACAUAUUGAAUAUUCUUUCUAGCCUAUACUGUAGGUACUGUACGGAGUUCGGACCAUAUAUAUUAGCGGACCUUAGCGGACUCAGUCAAGCUUCGCUUUGAUAGUAAGAGAGAGGGGCACACGAUGCGUUGCGGUGUCGCUGCGUCUUCUUACGUAGAAACUAGAAAUAUCUGUGGCAUGUCUCAGGAUGCGCUCCAGCGCCGCACCGGACUUGCAACCCUGACCGAGACGAGGCGGGGAGGCAGUGGUGGAUUUACCAGUAGGCUAAAUAGGCUGAAGCCUAGGGUGGCAGAUUUAAGGGGGUGGCAUGUUUGACCCAAAAAACUUUCUCUUCUAGGUACAGAAAUAAAAAAAAUGUAACGAUAUUUUUUAAUUUUUAGUCCUGUACAGUCUUACUUACUAUUACUUAUUAGAACUUGCAAUUUUAUUAACACAAUUUAAGGUAAUUGUAUCGAUUAUCGAAUUUCAGAGUUCAGUAGGGGCUGCAAAAAUUCAAUAGCCUACUGGCGGCAAAUUUGGGUGGGGUGAAUGCGUUGCGACGGCA